UCGCUGCCGGUGAAGCGCGCCCUUCGCCGGGAUGGGCGUGGAGGCGCCGGGGGAGCCGCCGGCUGGGGGCCGCCGCCGCCGCGGGUGCCGGCGGGUGCGCCUGCUGUGCAUGCUGGCGCUGACCUUCCUGUUCUUCGUGGUGGAGGUGGUGGUGAGCCGGGUGACGGCCUCGCUGGCCAUGCUCUCCGACUCCUUCCACAUGCUGUCGGACGUGAUGGCGCUGGUGGUGGCGCUGGUGGCCGUGCGCUUCGCCCAGCGCACCCGCGCCACCAAGAAGAACACCUUCGGCUGGGUGCGGGCCGAGGUGAUGGGCGCCCUGGUCAACGCCGUCUUCCUCACCGCCCUCUGCUUCACCAUCCUCCUGGAGGCCAUCGAGCGCUUCACCGAGCCCCACGAGAUCCAGCAGCCCUUGGUGGUCAUCGGCGUCGGAGCCGCCGGGCUCCUGGUCAACCUCCUGGGGCUCUGCCUCUUCCAUCAGCACGGCUCCAGCGGCCACGGGCACUCGCACGGCGGAGGAGCAGGAGCGGGGAGUCGCCGCGGCAAGGCGGAGGCGGCGGCCGGAGACCUUCUCAAAGAGGAGACCAACACGCUGGUGGAGAACUGCAGCAGCUCCAAUGGGCUCAGCUUGGAGAAGCUCGGUGAUAUGGCAAAAGACAGUCAAGUGGAACUUCACCCAAAUGGGAGUAUUAGUCAUCGCUCGUUGGAUAUGGACGUUGAAAUAGACCACAGUGCCCAGCUCAAUAUGCGUGGAGUAUUUCUGCAUGUUCUUGGAGAUGCCUUGGGAUCUGUUAUUGUUGUGGUGAACGCCUUAGUAUUUUAUGCUUACUGGAGCCCAUGCCCCAAGGAUGAACCUUGUAUUAACCCAUGUAUUCAUGACCAUUGCUCAGAAAAUGUUACUCAGAUUUCAAGCGGAAUGAAUAUGAAUGUAACUGAUUUAGAGAGCAUUCAUGAAGCUGGACCCUGCUGGGUUCUAUAUUUGGAUCCUGCACUGUGUCUGAUAAUGGUUUGCAUUCUGCUUUAUACAACAUAUCCAUUGCUUAAAGAAUCAGCCCUUAUCCUUUUGCAAACUGUUCCCAAGCAAAUUGAUAUUCGCUCUUUAAAUGAGAAACUCCGUAAACUUGAUGGAGUUGAAGCUGUGCAUGAAUUGCAUGUUUGGCAACUGGCUGGAAGCAGGAUCAUUGGCACUGCUCAUAUCAAAUGCCAGGAUCCAGAAUCGUACAUGAAAGUAGCGAAGCAAAUCAAAGAGAUCUUUCACGACGAAGGGAUACAUGCGACAACUGUUCAGCCUGAAUUUGCCAUUGUCGGCUCUGAAGCGGGUGUAGGCAAAUGUGAACUUCCCUGCAGAACUCAGUGUGCUCUGAAGCAGUGUUGUGGGGCUGUAGAAAAACCUGCUCAAAAGAAGACAGAAAAAUCUCCUGCUAUUAGUAUUUCUUGUUCUGAAAUAGUCAUUGACUCACCACAUCACAAAACCCGGAGGACUAAAUCUGAGUGUAUACCUUCUGUAAAGUUAGAGGCAGAGUCUGACCCUAACAAGCAAUUUGAAUCAUCUUUGUAAUUUAAAAAGUUGUGCGGAUUGUAAUCUGGAUUCAACUGCAGGUUGAUUGUGAGAAGUGAGACUGUUGAAAAGACAAGUUGCAAAGUAAUGUAAUUGCUGAAGUCCCUGUUCUUGUCACAAUGCUUUCAUCUAGGCUGCCUGUUUGGAAGAACGUUAUGGUGCCGUCCACACGUACUGUGUUCAUGUUCACUUUUAGAUGACUAGCACAAACAUUCACCAAUCUGCAGUGACUCUGGAGAACCAUUUUCAACAUUUCAGCCAAGAUGCAUUUUGUUAACAUGUGCACACACAUCAGUCCUAAAAAGUGGAAUUUGGGUUGCUUAUUGGGUUGGACCUGUAGGUCUGUUCUACUAAUGGAGGUACACUUCUCUCCAAUGGAAGGUGCCCUGGUAGAAAGUUCUGCCAUUAAUGGAACAGGUCCAACCCAUAAUUUUUGUGUGUAUAUUUUAAAAACCUUGAGGAAAAGAAACCAAAGGCAAAACAAUAUAACUUUUUGUAAAAAAAAAUAAUGCUUAGCGAAUCUUAGACCUUUUCUUCAGUAAAUGAAAAAGUGAACAUUAUCAUAAGCAGGGCUACUACACAUUUCAGGUGUAGUAUCUUAAAGCAUAUUCAGUGCUUGUUGGCAAAAUUCCCCUUUCUGUACUAAGCCAGGUGACAAAACUGGCUCCACUGAAAAUUAGUGGGGGAAAAAAUUCUGUUGGGUUUAUUUUCAAUGACCCCUGGAGUAUAAUAACUGAAUUUGAAUAUAUCCUUUUAGGUGUUUGUCCAUUGUCUCGCUCAUCUUUCUCAUAGUGUUUUAUUUAAAAACAGCAAAGCUUCAUUAAAUUUGUGUAGGUUUUAGAAUUUAAAGUGUUCUAAAUUCAAAUGGAGUCAUUCUGGGAUUAGAGAUCCAGAGCUGGUCUCUGUUUUAGUGUUAUCUGUGGCUUGUUGAAAUGGAAGGGGUCUGUAAACUGGAUUACAUCUAGUUUUCUGGGUUUUAAAAAUAACUUUUUUAAAGCCUCAGACUGAAAUGUAAUGUAGUAGAUAGAACUAAGUAGUGCAAAUUUAAAGAUUAAUAUAUUUCUUUACAAAUUGUUCCACUUUGUCCGUUAAACUAAAGUUAAUAUGCCAUUGAAAUGUUCAUUGCAACAAAACACAGGGUAGAUGCCUCUGAAGCAGCGAUUGCAACUUGCUGUUAAUUUUUAUCCACAACAGCUUUUGUGUAGUGAAGGCCUGUGCUGGAAAAGAACUGUAACCCAGUUCAGUUGUAACACCCUUCUUCUAGGUGUUCCAAGACCUAGUGAUGCAAGCUGUUUGGAAAAUGAGAGAAAUAACUUUUGCCAGUCAUUUGCUGCUGUGAAUUUGAGCAAGCAGCUUGAGUGCAAUCCACACACCUCUUAAAAUAAAACUGUUUUAAGUCCCAUAGAAUUUAUAGAGACUAAUCAGGCAUUGAGUGCAAGGAUAUAUCUGAAGCAUUCCUGCAUCACACAGCCAGCCUAUUGCAUCACCUCAUUUUUAGACUGUUCUAUUAAAAAUAGGGAUAAUUCCUCCCUCAUAGAGAUGAUGAUAAUAUCAUUUUUUAAACAUUCUGAGAUUCCUUACUGAGAGGCAUUGUAGAAUUGACUGGAUUUCUCUCUGUACACAGAACCACCAUUCUGAUAAAUGAAUAAUCACUAUAAUACCAGAUACUACAAAGUCAAUGAAAACAUUUUGGGACUUAACUCUUACCUGCUAUAAUAUUUUCAAAAUUUUUGCAACAUAUAGGUGAUGAAUGACUUGAUGGUGAAAAUGAAAUUUUGUUCACUUAGUUAUAAAGAACCUCACUAAUUUGCACUUCUUUUAACUAACAUUUUAAAGUGGUGGUCUGCAUCCCCCACUGCUCAGUAGUGCUGAUGUCAAGCCUUAUUGUUGCAGUGGGGGUGGGGGAAAUUAUGCCACAAUUGAUGCACUACGAAGUGUUAUAAAAUGGUACUUGUAAAAAUGAUCAAGUACAUUUAGCAAUGCCUUCUGUGUUCCUUUGGUUGUAAAUGUCACCUGUCAGUUAAUAAUCUCAGUUUGUGUCUUGCUCAUUACUGCAAGUAUGCAAUAAUCAUUUUGUCUGUUUCUGUCAUGCAACUGGUUGCAUGCUGCAAAAUAAUUCUGGAAGUUUUCUUGUAUCAAUAUCUCUACAGCACUGGCAUAGCUGUUUCACUGCAAAUACUGACUAGCAGAAAAAGCCACUGUCUUGCAGCUAAACCUUUUGGUCUCAACAAUUGGUUGAGUCCUUUUUUUUUUUAAAGGGGAGUAGUGGCUCCCGCAGAAUAUUAUAUGAAUUCCAGAUCAAGAUAGUUAUGUUUUAACUCUGCCUUUGCUGUGGUGUGUUCUUUGGUAAUAGCUUUUUAACAUGUAGCUCUUUAAUACAAAACAAAACACCUUGCUGCAUCUCUUUCCAAAGCACAAACUUUGACUCUUGUAUAUUAAGGGAGGAAAGCAAUUAAAGGUGUGCCAGGUGCAAUUAUGAUUUUUUUAACAGCAAAUUCUGCAACAGCUUGUUUAAAUUUCAUUUUUGCUUUUGCAAGUAAGAUUUUUGAAACAGGUAAUUUUGUACAUUCUUUGAAAUAAAACUGAACUGUUUAAACAUUUCCAACUAUGAGAGGGAUGUAUUGUACUUGAUUAUAUGUGGGCAUAAUGAAACCCCAUCUUGCGAGCAGCUACAUCAGUUCAUGCUUUUUCCUUAAUUCUGGGAUAGUGAACACUGUAUGUUCUACAUAUAUAUUUGUAGUGAGCUGCUGUAAUGUGCAAGGUAGCUAUGCACAUUUAUUUUGCUGGAUGUUCACAGUAAAAAUGGCAGUGUGGCUGUCUUAAGAUAUGCUGCUGUGAGUGCAUAGCCAAAUGUAUGUAAUCUCCUUACAAACUACAUUUCACUGUGAAAACAGACUGUAGAGCACGUUUGUAUUCACUGGUUACUUAUGAAGUAGUGUCAAAGGACUGGCUACUUCUUGCAUUACUAAGUGCUUGCAAACUGGCCUAUGGAUGAGAGCUUGCAAAAUGGAGUGUUUAAAAGUGGCAUCUAUAUUUUGCUGAAUGUUUUAAUCGUUUUACAACUCUAAAAGCAAGUAGUGCUCCAGAAUUUUCCUUGGUUUUGCUAUAAGGUCUUGGGGGGGGGGUUUGUCCCCUCCCCCAGUUCUUGCUGUAUGCAAAUGAAGUUCUGAAUCAGCUGUUCUUAAGAUCAAGCCAUCCGGUGACAACAUAAGUGUGGACUCCUCUGGGUUAAUGGGAUCUGUUUCUGAAUAGAAUGCACUUUGUCUUCUCAUUUGGGGGGAGGGAACUACCUUCACACUGCAGCUCUUCCUCCAUUCCCCUGUGGCGUUUAAGUUUCUUGGGAACAAAGUAUUAAUAUUUAAGGUAUUAACAACAAUAUUUAAAUAUACUGCUUUAAUUUCAUAACAGCAUCAGUGUAGCCUUCUGGGACUCUGGCUUUUAUGUUUACAAAACAAUAAUUGAAUAUUACAAUAAAUGUUCUAUUUUUGGUUCUUACUCGCACCAUUGCUUCACCUCUUGGUGGACUGGAAGGUACUAGUGCUUUGUGUGCCUGAGAUAAGAGCAUUCUUGAGGAUUUAUUUUGUAAGCCAAAUAUAGCCUUACUUUAUAACAAGAGCUUCCUCUGUGUGAUUUUUGGUUUGUGUCAUUCCUCUGUGUGAUCUUUGGUUUGUGUCAUUAAACUGCCUGUGUGAAGAACACUUCCAUGUCUUAUACAUUUGUGAGCCUGUUUUUUUUACCUCUUGCUGUUUGUGUAUUUAAGUGUUCUUGAUCUGUAGUCUCCAAACCCAUAUGCCUUGUGGUAGCUAGAGAGGCAUGCUCUCUUGCAUUAUAUGGGUUCUGUUUGAAACAACUUUUGGGAAGACAUAACUGGCAUGUCUGCCUACAUCUUAUCAGUGACAAUGGGAUUCUGUAAAACUAGUGAUGCUGCUGUAUUUCUUUGCAUAAACUCAAGAUUGAGAAUGAAAUAAAUAUGGCUAUAUAAAA